AUGAUGUCUUAUCUUAAGCAACCACCUUAUGCAGUCAAUGGCCUGAGUCUCACAACCUCGGGCAUGGAUUUGUUGCAUCCGUCCGUCGGUUAUCCCGGGCCUCUGGCUUCUUUUGCAGCCACCCCCCGAAAGCAGCGGCGGGAGCGCACGACCUUCACCCGGGCGCAGCUGGACGUGCUGGAGGCCCUUUUCGCCAAGACCCGCUACCCCGACAUCUUCAUGCGGGAGGAGGUGGCGUUGAAAAUCAACCUGCCCGAGUCCAGAGUGCAGGUAUGGUUUAAAAACCGCCGAGCCAAGUGCCGGCAGCAGCAGCAGCAGCAGCAGAACGGGGGCCAGAACAAGGUACGGCCAGCUAAAAAGAAGAAUUCGCCGGCCCGGGAAGUGAGUUCGGAGAGCGGGACCAGCGGGCAGUUCACUCCCCCCUCCAGCACCUCGGUCCCCACCAUUUCCAGCAGCAGUGCCCCCGUAUCCAUCUGGAGCCCAGCGUCCAUCUCCCCGCUCUCAGACCCCCUGUCCACCUCUUCCUCCUGCAUGCAGAGAUCCUAUCCUAUGACCUACACCCAGGCAUCAGGCUACAGCCAAGGAUACGCUGGCUCGACCUCCUAUUUCGGAGGGAUGGACUGUGGAUCUUACUUGACCCCUAUGCACCACCAGCUUCCCGGACCGGGGGCCACCCUCAGUCCCAUGGGUGCCAACGCGGUCACCAGCCACCUCAACCAGUCUCCAGCCUCCCUCUCCACCCAGGGCUAUGGAGCCUCCAGUUUGGGCUUUAACUCCACCACCGAUUGCUUGGAUUAUAAAGACCAAACCGCCUCCUGGAAGUUAAACUUCAAUGCUGACUGCUUGGAUUAUAAGGACCAGACAUCGUCAUGGAAGUUCCAGGUUUUGUGA